AUGAGAGUGAUCAUUGUCUUCAUGGUAUCAGAGCCGUAAUUCAACACCUAGGGUAUUCUUUGUUUCUCGUUUUCAUUCCAAAUUUCACCUUUAGAAAACAUGUCUAUUGAUCCUUUUACUACCUCUGUUUUGUCCAUUGUCUCCUCUGGCACUGCUGUCAAUUUACCCUCUGAUGCUACACGGAAGCCUCGGAUCUUGCCUUCUAUGAUCACUAAUACUGUUUCUUUACAGGAACCUCGUUCUUUCAAGCAAGCUCAACAAUCUGCUGAAUGGCGGCAGGCAAUGGCUGAGGAGUAUACGGCUCUUCUUCGUCAUAAAACUUGGGUGCUUGUUCUGCGGCCUCCUGAUGUGAAUGUCGUCUGCUCUAAGUGGGUUUUUAAGUUUAAACGACAUGCAGAUGGUACUCUUGAGCGGUAUAAAGCUUGUCUUGUUGCUCAAGGCUAUACCCAACAAUCUGGGGUGGAUUAUGAUGAAACAUUCAUCCCAGUGGUUAAACCAGUAACUAUUCGCACUGUGCUUGCUCUUGUUGUUUUAAGUUCUUGGCCUAUUCAUCAGUUAGAUGUCAAGAAUGCCUUUUUGAAUGGAUAUUUAUCUAAGCUUGUGUAUAUGCAUCAACCUCCUGGGUUUGUUGAUCAGAGAUAUCCAGAUCAUGUUUGUCUCUUAUAGCGAGCUCUUUAUAGACUUAAACAAGCUACUAGAGCUUCGUUUCAGUGAUUUACUACUUUUCUGCUUUUUCGGGGUUUUGUGCAAGCUUUCAUUGAUUGUUCCAUGUUUGUGUUUCAGCCUGCUGGAUCCAUAGCUAUUCUUCUUCUUUAUGUUGAUGACAUUAUACUUACUGCCUCUACAUCAGCUCUCUUGAAUUCUAUUAUUUCUUUACUGAAAGCUGAAUUUUUUAUGAUUGAUUUGGACCUCUUAGCUAUUUUUUGGGUAUUGCAGCACACUUUAACUCUGAUGGUUUAUUCCUUUCUCAGUCUAAAUAUGUUUCAAUGUUGCUAGACAAGAGUGGCAUGGCAGAUUGCAAGUUAGUUUCUACUCCUUUAACUCCAAAGCAUAAGUUACAGGCUCAUGAUAGUGCCCUUUGUUCUGAUGCUUCUAGUUAUUGUAGCAUUGUUGGGGCUUUACAAUAUUUGACCUUUACUCGACUUGAUAUUGUCUUUGCAAUUAAUCAGGUAUGUCAGU